AUGGAACCUCUUUCGGGUGCAGCAAGUGUUAUCGCAGUUAUCCAGUUAACCGGAGCUAUUGUGCAAAUAUGUGGGAAAUAUCUCAACAACGUCAAGAACGCGACGCAGGAUAUUCAGCGCUUCCAAGAGAAGAUCACCGCCCUUGCCCAAGUGCUUCAAUCUCUCGAUGGGCUGAUCCGUGGAUCUAAUGGCAAUGAACUUACUGCUACGCAAGACCUGGUCGACAAUAUUGUCAAAUGCUCCUCAGCACUUACAUAUUUGAAAGAGAAAAUCAAUCCGGAAACGACGCAAAGACGGAUGAGGAAAUGGGGCCUUCGAGCCUUGAAAUGGCCGCUCGUACGGUCGGAGGUAGAUUCUGCUAUCAUGGAGCUUGAGUGGUAUAAAACAACAUUUGCUUUGUCCUUACAGGUUGAUCAAACGAGAUCUACCAAUUCGAUCCACAAAAAGAUAGACCUCAGCAGACUACAGACUGCAAAACAAGCAGCAUUCGACUCUUACGACAAUCAACACAGUGAAUGUCUUCCAGGGACCCGAAUUGACCUGCUUCGAGAAAUCGAAGAGUGGGCAAAAUCGCCACACGGAAAAUGUAUAUUUUGGCUGAGCGGCAUGGCAGGGACAGGGAAAUCAACAAUAUCCCAAACAGUUGCAAGCCGUCUUCAAGCGCAGCAGCUUCUCGGGGCGAGCUUCUUCUUUCAGAGAGGCGAAGAGGACAGAGAAACAGCAAAAAAGCUUUUUCCAACAUUGACCGAGCAACUGGUCAUCGGCAUACCUCAAAUGCUGCCUCGAGUUCAGAGGGCAAUUGAGGAUGACCCGAAUAUUUCGGAAAAGGUGUUGAGGGAACAAUUUGAACGGCUUCUACUGGAUCCACUAUCUGGAAUUGAGCAGCGAGAAGAGACCACAAGAAGAGUGAUCGUGAUUGAUGCUCUAGAUGAAUGCGAUUCAGAAGACGAUAUAGGGAUUGUUCUCCGGCUCUUGCCACGAGUUCAAAAGUCAACUUCCGUACAACUACGGUUUUUGUUGACAAGCAGACCUGAGUUGCCGAUCAGGCUGGGCUUCGAAGGGAUCACCGAUGCCCAUCAGGAUUUGGCCCUACAUGAGAUCGAAGAGCCAGUGAUAGCGCAUGACAUAUCCUUGUAUUUUGAGGAUCAGUUCCUGCGCCUAAAGCAGAGGCGCUCAUUGCCACCAGAUUGGCCCGGAGUCCCAGCUACCAAGAUAUUGGUUGAUAGGACCAUCCCUUUGUUCAUUGCAGCUGCCACUUUAUGUCGUUUUAUCGGUGAUGCAAAAUGGAACCCUCAAAAGCGACUGGAAGCGAUAUUGACAGACCAAUCAACCUAUGUGUCCAAGAUGGACAGCACAUAUAUUCCCGUGCUAAAGCAACUUCUCACUGGACAGAAUGAAACAGAGUCACGGGAAUUACUUAAAGAGUUCAAGGAGGUAGUUGGUGUGAUCAUUAUUCUUGCCACUCCGCUCUCGAUCAACUCCCUAAGCCACCUAAUAGACAGAGAGUCAGAUGAUGUCAAAUGUCGAUUAGACCAGCUCCACUCGGUGCUCAGUGUACCAAACAAUUUCGACACACCAGUCAGGCUCCUCCAUCUGUCAUUCCGAGAUUUUCUUUUGGAUCACCACAAAGACAAAAGCAAAUUCUGGAUCGAUGGAAAAUAUACAAACCAGUGUCUUGCAGAACGAUGCCGUCAGAUCAUGCAGGACAGCCUGGAGAAAAACAUCUGCAAACUGCCAAGCGAAGGCACGCAAAGGAAUGAAAUUAGCGAUGAUUCGAUUCAGCUUUAUAUACCUCCCCCACUGAAAUACGCGUGUCGAUACUGGGCGCAUCAUCUGUUACAAUGCACGGACUUGUCUGGCAUGAUGCACAAUGCUUAUUUAUUUUUCCAGGUACACUUUUUGCACUGGGUGGAAGCAAUGAGUCUACUGGGCCUUACGUCAGAAGUAUCAGGUAUUCUUGAUCGCCUCCAAACGUCCACAUCGGGUAACGGCUCUUCCCUGAUUCCGGAUUUCCUUCACGAUGCAAAGCGCUUUAUUCUGAAAAAUCACCAGAUAGUUGAUCAGGCUCCCCUUCAAGUUUAUUGUGCAGGACUUAUAUUUGCACCCCGAACGGGGAUAAUCCGUAGAGAGUUCAAGCGGUCGCUUCCUACUUGGAUAUGUCAGUUACCACAGGUUGAAGAAGGAUGGAGCGCGCUUACCCAGACCCUCGAAGGCCAUUCCCGUUCGGUUCGAUCGGUGGCCUUCUCGCCCGACGGCCGCCUGCUGGCGUCCGGCUCUUACGAUCAGACAGUGCGGCUCUGGGACCCGGCGACGGGCGCGCUCACCCAGACCCUCAAAGGCCAUUCCGAUUGGGUUCGAUCGGUGGCCUUCUCGCCCGACGGCCGCCUGCUGGCGUCCGGCUCUGACGAUCAGACAGUGCGGCUCUGGGACCCGGCGACGGGCGCGCUCACCCAGACCCUCGAAGGCCAUUCCGGUUCGGUUCGAUCGAUGGCCUUCUCGCCCGACGGCCGCCUGCUGGCGUCCGGCUCUUACGAUCAGACAGUGCGGCUCUGGGACCCGGCGACGGGCGCGCUCACCCAGACCCUCAAAGGCCAUUCCGAUUGGGUUGGAUCGGUGGCCUUCUCGCCCGACGGCCGCCUGCUGGGGUCCGGCUCUGACGAUCAGACAGUGCGGCUCUGGGACCCGGCGACGGGCGCGCUCACCCAGACCCUCGAAGGCCAUUCCGAUUGGGUUGCUUCGGUGGCCUUCUCGCCCGACGGCCGCCUGCUGGCGUCCGGCUCUGGUGAUCACACAGUCCGGCUCUGGGACCCGGCGACGGGCGCGCUCACCCAGACCCUCGAAGGCCAUUCCGGUCCGGUUCGAUCGGUGGCCUUCUCACCCGACGGCCGCCUGCUGGCGUCCGGCUCUGGUGAUCACACAGUCCGGCUCUGGGACCCGGCGACGGGCGCGCUCAUCCAGACCCUCAAAGGCCAUUCCGAUUGGGUUGCUUCGGUGGCCUUCUCGCCCGACGGCCGCCUGCUGGCGUCCGGCUCUGGUGAUCACACAGUCCGGCUCUGGGACCCGGCGACGGGCGCGCUCACCCAGACCCUCGAAGGCCAUUCCGAUUGGGUUGCUUCGGUGGCCUUCUCGCCCGACGGCCGCCUGCUGGCGUCCGGCUCUGGUGAUCAGACAGUGCGGCUCUGGGACCCGGCGACGGGCGCGCUCAUCCAGACCCUCGAAGGCCAUUCCGAUUGGGUUGCUUCGGUGGCCUUCUCACCCGACGGCCGCCUGCUGGCGUCCGGCUCUGGUGAUCACACAGUCCGGCUCUGGGACCCGGCGACGAGCGCGCUCACCCAGACCCUCGAAGGCCAUUCCGGUCCGGUUCGUUCGGUGGCCUUCUCGCCCGACGGCCGCCUGCUGGCGUCCGGCUCUGACGAUCAGACAGUGCGGGUCUGGGACCCGGCGACGGGCGCGCUCAUCCAGACCCUCGAAGGCCAUUCCGAUUGGGUUGCUUCGGUGGCCUUCUCGCCCGACGGCCGCCUGCUGGCGUCCGGCUCUGACGAUCAGACAGUGCGGCUCUGGGACCCGGCGACGGGCGCGCUCACCCAGACCCUCGAAGGUCAUUCCAGUCCGGUUGAAUCGGUGGCCUUCUCGCCCGACGGCCGCCUGCUGGCGUCCGGCUCUGGUGAUCGGACAGUGCGGCUCUGGGACCCGGCGACGGGUGCGCUCACCCAGACCUUCGAAGUUGAAGGGGUAGUCACUACGCUCGAAUUUUCCCAUAGCGGUGUGGCAUUCCUACGUCUGAUCCACGUCAUCCAACUCCAGACAUCUCUAUUGAGCACCGCCAAUGGAUAG